CUUUUUUUCUUCUGUUCAUCUUCAACCCACACAAUUGCUCGUACUUGCGCCUGACCUUGAUAUGGCAAUCCUCUAUUCGUUUCUGUAGAAUUUACCAUAUAAGGUUUGCUCUUUUGACAAAAUGUCAUCACCAAGCAAGAGGCGAGAUAUGGAUGUCAUGAAACUAAUGAUGAGCGACUACUCCGUGGAGCCCAUUGAAGAUGGCAUCAACAAGUUCAAUGUGGAAUUUCAUGGCCCAAAAGAAAGUCCCUAUGAAGGUGGAUUUUGGAAAGUUCGUGUGGACCUUCCGGAUGCGUAUCCUUACAAGUCUCCUUCCAUUGUGUUUGUCAAUAAGAUCUUCCACCCAAAUGUUGACGAGCAGUCUGGUUCUGUAUGCUUGGAUGUUAUUAACCAGUCAUGGAGUCCAAUGUUUGAUCUGUUGAAUGUGUUUGAGGUUUUCCUCCCUCAGCUUCUACUCUACCCAAAUCCAUCGGACCCACUUAACGGUGAUGCAGCAUCACUGAUGAUCAAAGACAAAACCAAAUAUGAACAAAAAGUCAAAGAGUAUUGCCAGCGGUACGCAAAGAAGGAGCACAUUAAGAACAACUUAACAGAUGAAAGUGGUGAUGAUGUAAGCGAUGACGAGACGUUUAGCGGCGGAAGGAGCGAAAGCGAAGACGAGUUCAUAGGACGUGCGGAUUCAUAGCCCGUCCAUUAGUUUCAUUAUUCUGUAUUAUGAAUUAUUAGAGUCGUGUAAAUUAGGACUGCAUGCCAGCUUUUUAUGGAUUAGGUGUUGUGAAACUCCCUGUAGACUGUAGUAUUAUUACAGUAAGUGAAAUAUCUGGAAGAUUGCUCUCUCUCUCUCUCUCUCUC